ACAAUUUUCUAUGAAUACGAAAUUUUCCCGGAAAACACUUUCCACGAAAAACUACAAAUGACUCCGUUUUCCUCCGAACUUGUGGGCUUCUCUCUCCCUUUCUCCUCCAAAACUCCGACCAACAACAGUUCGAAUUCUGUCGGACUCGUUCACAAGAGGAACCUCUUCAGCUGCUCGAAUCCUAAGCCUAGUCCUAAGAUCAGUAAAGCUUAUCCGGGAGCAAAUCCUCAGGCUACGGAUGCAGUUCCUGCGGAACAGAGGCAAACCCAGUUGCCGUCUUUCGGAUUUAAUGAUGCCCAGAUGCUGAAACUCUUCCAUCGGUCAUGCAAAUCCGGGAAAUACAGCGAAUCGUUGUAUCUGCUCGAGAAGAUGGUACGUAAAGGCUAUAAACCCGAUGCGAUUCUAUGUACGAAGCUGAUUAAAGGUCUUUUCAAUCUGAGGAACAUACCCAAAGCUGUUAAGGUCAUGGAGAUUUUGGAGACGCAUGGUCAACCUGAUGUCUUUGCUUACAAUGCGUUGAUCAGUGGGUUCUGCAAGAUGAAUCGCAUGGAUGAUGCUACAAAGGUGAUUGAUAGGAUGAGGAACAAAGGGUUUUCUCCAGACACCGUGACUUACAAUAUAAUGAUUGGUAGUUUGUGUAGUAGAGGGAAGCUUGACCUUGCUUUGAAGGUUUUGGAUCAGUUGCUGAUGGAUAAUUGCCGUCCUACAGUUAUCACUUACACGAUCUUGAUCGAGGCCACGACGAUGGAUGGUGGAGUUGAUGAGGCAUUGAAGCUUUUGGAUGAAAUGUUGUCGAGAGGCCUGAAACCGGAUAUGUUCACUUACAACACGAUUAUGAGGGGAAUGUGCAAAGAGGGGAUGGUGGAUCGUGCUUUCGGGAUGGUUAGGAACUUGGAAUCGAGAGGGUGUGAGCCCGAUGUGAUCUCGUACAAUAUUUUGCUGCGAGCGCUUCUGAAUCAGGGGAAAUGGGAUGAAGGGGAUAAGCUCAUGACCAAGAUGUUUUCAAAAGGAUGUGAGCCGAACGUUGUUACCUACAGCAUUCUUAUCAGCACUCUAUGUCGAGAUGGAAAGAUUGAGGAAGCGUUGAAUUUGCUGAAGGAAAUGAGGGGAAAGGGACUAAAUCCCGAUGCGUAUAGCUACGACCCUUUGAUCGCUGCGUUUUGCAGAGAAGGUAGACUAGAUUUAGCAAUCAAGUUCUUGGAGUCUAUGAUCUCAGAUGGAUGCUUACCCGAUAUAGUAAACUAUAACACAGUAUUAGCUACGUUGUGCAAGAACGGGAAAGCCGAUCAAGCGUUGGAGAUAUUCGGGAAGUUGAGCGAAGUGGGUUGCCCUCCAAACGCGAGUUCAUACAACACUAUGUUCAGCGCGCUAUGGAGCAGCGGGAACAAAGCUAGGGCACUGCAGAUGAUAUCAGAGAUGAUAAGCCACGAUAUUGACCCGGACGAAAUCACGUAUAACUCGAUGAUCUCGUGUAUGUGCAGAGACGGGAUGGUGGAUGAUGCCCUGGGGUUGGUGGUGGACAUGCGAAGCAGCGAGUUCCAUCCCUCGGUCAUCACUUACAACAUCAUACUUCUAGGGUUCUGUAAAGCUCAUAGGGUCGACGAAGCGAUUGAUAUCUUGGCAUCGAUGGUUGAGACCGGCUGUCGGCCUAACGAAACCACUUUCACGCUACUGAUCGAAGGGAUCGGGUUUGCCGGGUGGAGAGCUGAAGCCAUGGAGCUCGCCAACUCGCUUGUCCGGCUCGGUGCUGUUUCAGACAAGGCAUUCAAACGCUUGAACAGGACGUUCCCUUUGCUCGAGGUUUACAAAGAGCUUAGCCAUGUUGAGUGAACUUUGUACAAAUGCUAACUUACAUUUCUUUGAAAUUAUGGGUACAGAAAAUUUUCGCAGUCGUU